CCGCCUGCGGUCGCGUCGGGGAAGGGGCCGCCGGAGGAGCCGCUCUCCUUCUUUCUCUCUCUCUCUCUCGCCCGCCGCCCCGCGCCGCGCUCCAGACCCUCGGCCGACCCCUCCGCGCCGGAGGAUGCGGCACCCGCGGCAGCCCGAGCUUGGACGGGCCCGCGGGGCUCCAGGCGGCCGGCCCGGGAGCGCAACGGAGGGCGCGCAGCUCCGGCGAGGCGAGUGAAGCGGUGGAUGGGGGCGCCCGGCGGAGGGAGACUUCGCCCGCCAACUUUCCCGCGGGGCGGCUGAGCCGGGCCGGGGGCGGCUGCGGAUGGGGCUUGCGGGGCCGGAUCCCCCCGGGUGGCACCUGCCCCGCGGCUCAGGGGGCACCCCCGGCGCGCCAAAGCGGGCGCCGCGCCGCGCCCGGAGCAUGUGCGCCCUUGGAGACGCUGCACGAGUCCCCCUGCCGGAGCCUCGCUGAGCUGUUGGGGCUGCCCCCCUUGCUCGCCCGCCCGCCCCGCUGGCCAUGGCCGGCUUCGGCCCCCGGCUGGGCGACACUCUGCUGGGCCUGUGGCUGCUCUUGCUGGAGGCUCCCGUGCCCGCCCCGGCCGCCUCCAAAGCCAUCGUGUGCCAGGAGAUCACGGUGCCCAUGUGCAAGGGCAUCGGCUACAACCUGACCUACAUGCCCAACCAGUUCAACCACGACACGCAAGACGAGGCCGGCCUGGAGGUGCACCAGUUCUGGCCCUUGGUGGAGAUCCAGUGCUCGCCGGACCUCAAGUUCUUCCUCUGCAGCAUGUACACCCCCAUCUGCCUGCCGGACUACGCCAAGCCCCUGCCCCCGUGCCGCUCCGUGUAGCCGAGGGGGCCAGAGUCCCGGACAUGCUGCCAGCCCCUCAUCGCGGCGAGUAUCUGGCUUAAGCCGCUUCGCUGGCCCGUAAUUUCGACAGACAUGAACUGCGACGGGCUGCCGGCGCUGGGGGACGCCGAGGUGCUGUGCAUGGAUUACAACCGGACCGAGGCCACCACUUUGCCCCCGCUCUUGGCCAAGCCCACCCGGCCCACCCGGAACGGCCAUAAAAACCUCACCCCCUUGACGGGCCGGCACCCGCCGGGGGGGGACUGCAAAAGGGCCUGCGAGUGCCGGGAGCCCCUGGUCUCUAUCUCCAAAGAAACCCACCCGCUUUACAACAAGAUCGAGACGGGCAGCGUCCGCAAUUGCGCCGUCCCUUGCUACCAGCCCUACUUCACCCAAGACGAGAAGACCUUCGCCACCUUCUGGAUCGGCCUGUGGUCCGUCUUGUGCUUCAUCUCCACCUUCACCACGGUGGCCACGUUCCUGAUCGACAUGGAGAGGUUCAAGUACCCCGAGCGGCCCAUCAUCUUCUUGUCCGCCUGCUACCUUUUCGUGUCCGUCGGCUACAUCAUCCGGCUCGUGGUGGGCCACGCCAGCGUGGCCUGCAACCAAGAUUACAACCACGUCCACUACGAGACCACGGGGCCGGCCCUCUGCACGGUGGUCUUCCUCCUGAUCUACUUCUUCGGCAUGGCCAGCUCCAUCUGGUGGGUCAUCUUGUCCCUCACCUGGUUCUUGGCGGCCGGGAUGAAAUGGGGGAACGAGGCCAUCGCCAGCUACUCCCAGUAUUUCCACAUGGCCGCCUGGCUGAUCCCCAGCGUCAAGUCCAUCGCCGUGCUGGCCCUGAGCUCGGUGGACGGCGACCCGGUGGCCGGCAUCUGCUACGUGGGCAACCAGAACCUUGACAAGCUCCGGGGCUUCGUCCUGGCUCCUUUGGUGGUCUACCUUUUCACCGGGACGAUGUUUCUGCUGGCCGGGUUCGUGUCCCUCUUCCGGAUCCGGAGCGUUAUCAAACAAGGGGGGACCAAAACGGACAAGCUGGAGAAACUCAUGAUCCGGAUAGGGAUCUUCACAGUCCUGUACACGGUGCCGGCGACCAUCGUCGUGGCUUGCUACAUCUACGAGCAGCACUACCGGGAGAAGUGGGAAUUCGCUCAGAAUUGCUCCUGCCCGGGGGACAAGCAGAACGUGAAGCCCGGCUACGCUGUCUUCAUGUUGAAGUACUUCAUGUGCCUGGUGGUGGGCAUUACCUCGGGGGUCUGGAUCUGGUCGGGCAAGACCCUCGAGUCUUGGAGACGGUUCACGGGGAGAUGCUGCCAGAGCGGCAAGCCCAUCGGCGCACCCGCGUACGGCGAGGCCAACGCCGCUCUGAUGGCUAGGACCGGGGUGCCCAGUUCAGCCUCCUACCAUAAACAGGUUCCUUUCUCCCAUGUAUGAAAUGCACCUUGCUGGUUGGGAGCAGACUACGGGCCAGCCCCAGUUCUCUCAAGACUCUCUCAGCCCAGGU